AUGACCAAUUCAAAACAAGAAAUUGCAAAGGAACUCUCUACUCCGAAACUCUUGGAGAGGAAAGAUGACGAUACUGGCAAUGAUGUCAAUGGCGACGGCGACGAUCCAUACAUACACUUACUCAAUUUAUUAUCACGAUACGACCAACUUUUGGAGCAAUUAUCCAAUUCUAUCAGUACUGGGUUCCACAAUUUAAGUAGAGCUAAUUAUCAUAAUAAAGAUUCUUUGAAUGGGAGAUAUGGUAAGGAUUAUUGGGAUGAAUCAUAUGUUGGUGAAAUUACCGUGGAAAUUACGCAACCACCACCGGAACAACAGUCACUACAACAAGGUAUAGUGCAUAUAGUAAGGAAGAAACUUCAUACUGAUGAGAAAGCUGAUAUUAUCGUUGAAGAAACCGAUGAUGAUGAUGAUGAUACGAAGGAUAAGCUGAAAAAUAGGAAAGAGAAGACAAACAAGAGAGAAGAGAAAAAAGAUAAUGAUGAUACGAAGAAGAAAGAUGUAUCAUAUGAUCCGAUUUUAAUGUUUGGUGGAGCAUUGUCAAUUCCUUCUAGUUUAAGACAAUGUCAAACUAAUUUUAAAGGUUGUAUUCCAUUAUUUUCUGAUUUGAUUUCUUGUAGGAUGAAAAUUGAUAGGUUAGUAACAAAAUUAGAAGCUGACAAAAAGGCUAAUAGUACAUGUGCUAUAUAA